AUGGAUUCCUCCAUUUACUUACGGGCGGCCAAAAUCCUUGGCGUCACUGGAGCAGCGUGGCUAGGUGGCAAUAUCGCUGGUCUUUCUCUUCUGGUCACACCGGCUCUGCGCCGUUCCAGCGCUAACGACGGCGUGUCGUCGAGCACUAUAUCGAAGCAGUGGAGAUACAUCUACGAGUCCGGAAAGGCUCAAAACCCUCCCAUCGCGGCUGUCGCUGCCGCGGCGUAUCUCUACCUUGCAUGGACGGCCCGUCAGCUCGCACAAACGAGCCAACUACCGCUAUACUACGCCUCAGCGGCGGCUCUCACACUCGGGAUCGUGCCUUUCACCCUCAUCGCAAUGUCUUCUACAAAUAACAAAUUAAUGCGACAUUCGGAGGCGCUGUCCAAAAACUCAAGUGCACCCCUGCAACCGUCGAGUGAUGAGGAGGUAGACGAGCUUGUUGCGAGGUGGACGGUUUUGAACGGAAUUCGAAGCCUUUUCCCAUUGACGGGAGCUAUCCUCGGGGUCAUUGCUAUCUUAGGGUGA